UUUAUGGAACAUUAAUCAAAAUGAGACAUGACAGAAUCUUAGUUGUAAUCGUUUCACUAGUGACUGUUAUACAAGAGGUUUCCAGUGAUUUGCUGUUCAGAAAGGGCUCCUACAAGUCACACAGAAAGGGCAAUAAAGUGGUAAUAAACGACGUCCCGCAUAUUGAUAAUGGGAUCUUUCCAGAUACGGAAUAUUUGAAAGUUAAAGCCAAGAUACCUGUACUUAAAUUUGGUAGCGUUCAAAAAUUCCAAAAUUUGAGAAAUAUUCAUUUAGACGGGUGUGAGAUAACCGAUAUAAUACCAGGAGCUUUCCAAAAUGUUCCUAACUUGAACGUGAUAGCGUUGAAUGACAAUCAAUUAAAAGGGAUAAAAACUGGAGUUUUUAAUAAUUUGAACGUAACUUCACUAUAUUUACAUAGAAAUGAUAUUGCUUUCAUAGAAACAGAAGCUUUCGAUAACAUUACCAGUUUGGAACAAAUUAAGUUGAACGCAAAUUCUAUAUCUUAUUGGGAUAAUAAAUGGUUUAAAAACACACCGCGGUUGGCAACAAUAUUCUUCAGAAGAAAUUUAUUGAGAAGUUUGCCUAGUAAAGCAUUCAAGAAUCUUGUAGCUAUCCCAUCAUCGAUUGAGAAGCAGAAAAAAAUCAACAUAUACCUGAGUAAAAAUUCAAUUUCUUCAAUACCAGUCGAUGCUUUUUUUGGACUGUCUCAUUGCAGCCAAAUUUGGUUGGACAGGAAUGAAAUCAGUGAGAUACACGAAGAUGUUUUUUCUCAGAUGCAGUAUAUGGAAGUGUUAUUUUUAUCUAGUAAUUUUUUGACUACUAUACCCAAGAAUCUAUUGAGGAAUGUUAAAAAUGAGUUAGUAUCUUUGGAUCUGGCGCAUAAUAGCAAUAUAACCUGCUUAGAUUACGAGAUCGUUGUCAAAGCUAAAAUAACGAACCUCGAGAAGAUACACAAACUAGAUUGUAAUUGUAUCAAGAAGUUAAAAGAAAGAAUCCUUGAAGAUGGCAAUAAUAAUGAAAUUCUUAGUGGUUGUUGAAAUACUCGUGAUCCAUGACUAUUAUAGAAUAUAAAAGUGAUGAAAUCAACGAUGUGAUAGUUCUUAUUUAAAUAUAUAGUGAAGGGCUGUAUUAUUGAAUGAAAUAAUUAUCCUGGAGGUAAUCUGAAAGCAAGGCAAGAUGAAAUUUGGGGAGCUGUUUAAGUACGUAGAGAGCGACAUAAUUCCACUAUUAGGAAGCUGGGCAGUGGUAACUUUUCCUAUACCAAUCCGGAAAAUAUUUCAAUUUAACUAUCAAAUAUAAUGCGAUGACCAGCAUUUCUACUUUAGGUUUAAAUAAAAGAUUUUGACAUAGUAAAAACGGAAAAAUUGUUAACCGACAAAACUUUUAUUUAUUCUAGUUUUUCAGACCAGCCAAAUAUAUCGAUUUUACGACGCUUGAGUUGGUGAUAAUCAGUAGUUUGAUUUUGCUAUAUAUAUUAUUUUGCUUACUUAAAACCAUAUAGUAACAUUGUGGGACAAAAUUAAUGGGGAGCUUAAGCAGGUAAUCGGUGACUACCGCAACUAAAUUUUGAGUUUUGUCUAAUGAUAUAGAAAUAGAUCUUUGGAUGACACACCAAAAGGCUGCCCAAGUUAUUAAUCUAAAAUUGACUUGGUCAGCGAGCUGUUGGUAGACAAUUGGAUAUUACCUGCGGUAUGAGGAGACUAAAUCCUUUCAUAGGUUAACUGAAACAGGCAGAAGGCGAUUUAGAACCGCUCAUGAUGACCGCUUUAUAGCGUUAACAACAAGAAUUCAUCUUCUUAAUGCCUUUCAAGUGCAACGAUAGAUCAGUGAGGUGCGAGGAGUGACUAUUAGUCAGUGGAAAGUAAGAUGAAGACUGCAGGAAAAUAAUCUGACCUCUAUAACACCUGCGAUUGGUCUAAAACUUAUUCCAUCUCAUCGGAAAGCACGCAUGGGUUUUACCCAGAUCGUUCUGUUCUCAGAUAAGACCAGUAGCGACUUAAGCAAAAAAGUGCACCGAAGACCAAAAGAGCGAUUUGAAGAGCAGAGUGUGAGAGAUGUAACUAUCAAUUUAAAGGGGGUUUAUGGUAAAGAUCAUAUUUUCUCGUUGAAGAAUGUUAAUGUAUUAUUUAAAUUUAAUGUGUUUCUAUAAAUAAUAUGUACAAUAAUACAUGUAGAGUGAU